UUUACCUUCACCGGUCUCUCUCGGGCCAACCGGCGGCGCUCGUCUCCCUCGCCGCCGUAAGCACGGUGGCGAAGCCGAACCCAAGCGAGGUGGCCAAGUAGUCGGUGAGAUGCUGCUAGUAGAGCUGCUCCGCUGCCAGAUCCAGGAGUGGUACCCGGCAUUCCGCCGCCACACCGUCCCCACCGUCACCAUCCCCCUCCCCGCCGCCUUCCUCCGCUACCUCGCCGGCCAGCCCGCCCACCCCGUCCCCGACGCCCCUCACCAGGACGCGGAAGGGCCUCCCCCAUUCCUCCUCCCGUCGCUCGCCUCCGGCCGCACCCCCUUCCCGCCGCUCCACCUCCCGGACCCCGUCGAUCACGACGACAGCUCCGACCUCUUCUCCGUCUGCGACGACGACGACGACGACGAGAGCCCGCCCCUCCCCGCCUUCCCCGAGCUGGAGGCCGCGGUCGACGCGGCCAUCGCCGAGCUCGGCGGCGCCGCGCUCCCCAAGCUCAACUGGAGCGCGCCCAAGGACGCCGCCUUCAUGUCCGCCGACGGCACCGUCCGCUGCACCUGCUUCGCCGAGGUCGCCAUGCUGCUCCGCUCCUCGGACUGCGUCGCGCACGACCUCUCCUCCGCGCGCCCGUCCUGCCAGGACUUCGUGUGCGCCAGGGAAGGUGUUCGACGGAAUGCCGGACAGGGCAGUGGUGCCAACCAGGCGGGUGCUCCAUCGAAUGGCGGAGGGAGCACCAGUGGUGCUGGUUCUCUGAGUGAUCCUCCCACUGAGGAUCGCAAUGAGGGAGGCAGGCAAGCUGCUGCCGACAGUGAUGCUUCGGAAGACGAUGUUGGACAAGAAAGCGGCGAUGAUAGUUGGGUGGACGAUGGGUUCCAGUACUACCUCGCCCUCCGCAAGUGGUACCCGGGCCUGCGCCCCGAGGCAGAGUUCCGAUGCUUCGUGCGGGGACGGAAGCUGGUCGGCGUGUCGCAGAGGGACACAUCUGCUUACUACCCAUCGUUGCCUGGGUGGAGUUCUGAGGUGCAGCCGAAGAUCGAGGAGUUCUUCGAAGAAGUUGUUGAGUCGCAGUUUGCUUCUCAGAAUUACACAUUUGAUGUGUAUGUCAGAGCAGAUGGCCGGGUGAAGCUGAUUGAUUUCAAUCCUUGGGGUGGCUAUACAUUGCCGCUUAUGUUUACAUGGGAGGAGCUUGAGGAUGAGAAGAGAGGAGAGGACAAGCUGGAGUUUAGAGUGGUAAUGGAGCAAGGUGCAGUGAGGCCAGGAUUAAUGACAGCAGUGCCGUAUGAUAUGAUGGAUUGGGGAGAAGGGAGCGGCUGGGAUGUUUUUCUGAAGAAGGCUGACAAUGAACUGAAUAGACAGAUGGCCUCAUUAGCUAUGGAUUCGUAAUUGACAUCUGGAACAAAGCAGCGCUUGAGGACUCCAGUAGUUGAACAACUUCAACCGUCGCCUGUUUGUAAUGUUUCACCUGUCAAACGCUAGAAGUAACAGCCUUCUUUAGAUUGUGAUGCAAACCUCACGGCAAUCGGCCGUUUCCCCCCAUGACUUUUGCAAUGCUAGAUUGCUAGUAUGGGAGUACCGCAUGCUGCUUCAUCUCAGUUUUAUGAUAUUUACAGAAAAAUAUUUGUAGUGGAAGUAUAUGGCCCAUGGCUGAAAUUGCAAACUCUGAAACAUGAAUACACAUUCCAUAUACCUUUGCUGUU